AUGGAGCUGGGAGACCAGCGUCCAUCCCAGCUGCUAAGGCGGAUGCGUGAGCUAGCCAGAGAUAAAGUGCCAGAUGACACGCUUAAACUGUUGUGGCAGCCACACCUACCAGCGUCGGUUCGAGCAAUAUUGGCGGUGACUCCUUCAAAGGACCUGGAUGCGUUAGCGACGGUGGCGGAUAAAGUGAUGGAGAGUACGGGACUGGCGCACAUUGCGGAAAUUAAAUCGACGACGCCGUCCGAGACAUCGACCGCCGGACAGGGCGACGGGAACCAGAUUUUGGGUGAAUUAGCCAAGAUCAGCGUUAGGCUGGAAAAGUUGGAACGUGGUAGACCGAAGCAGCGACAAGAGAAUCGAAAUUAUAGAUCAGGAAAAUAA